UGACCACAAAGAGUUGGGACCUUGGUUUAAUGUUGCAUCUGAAGGACAGCGCUUUUUUUUUCUCCCCAAUUUGGAAUGCCCAAUUCCCAGUGUGCUCUAAGUCCUCCUGGUGGCGUAGUGCCUCACCUCAAUCCAGGUGGCGGAGGACGAAUCUCAGUUGCCUCUGUGACCGUCAAUCCCCGCAUCUUAUCACAUGGCUUGUAGACAUAGCACGUGUGGUGGCCCACACUAUUCGCCACGGCAUCCACGCACAACUCACCACGUGCCACACAGAGAGCAAGAACCACACAUGAUAGCAACCACGAGGAGGUUACUUCAUGUGACUCUACCCUCCCUAGCAACCAGGCCAAUUUGGUUGCUUAGGAGUCACUCAGCACACCCUGGAUUCAAACUCACGACUCCAGGGGUGGUAGUCAGUGUCAGUACUCACUGAGCUACCCAGGCCAAGGGCAGUGCUUUUUAUACAGUUUAGUGUCCCCAUCACUAUACUGGGGCAUUAGGACCCACACAGACUGCAGGGUGAGCACCCCCUGCUGGCCUCCCUAAUACCUCUUCCAGCAGCAAACUUAGUUUGGGGGCCUUUAACCCCUGCAACAGGGGGGCUUUUUACCCCAAAUACUGUUUUUUCACUUAUUGGACAGUUAUUAAAAACUUUUUAUUUAAUCACAAAACUGAACAUUAUAAAUAAGUAUUUUGUCUAAAAAUAAAUGUGAUAAUUUAAUGGAUUCACAAUAGCUACAUGCAUUUGCAACAUUUCAAAAAUUAUUACAUUUUGCAUCAAAUUAUCAAAAAAUAAAACUUUAGGCAUUGCACGCAAUGAUCUCAUGGGUUGGAAAUAUUUUGACAAUGACAAACAGGUGUUAAGGAAAGUACUGGGGUAGUUUUUGUUGCUGUUUAGUGUUUUGGGAGAAAAUAAAAUCAAAAGUGCCUUUUACCACAGGGGGCCUUUAGCCCAGUUGUACCCAACAUUCAUACACAUUUACACACAUAUACAGUCAGUUAAAGUAAAAGAUCCAAAAAUACAAUAAAAUAGAGUAAGAAAAAUUGGAGAUAAAAGCCAUUUAUUAUGUUAAGUUUGCUGCUGCUUCUGUCCAUUGUUUUAGAUAUUUUUCCUUUUGUGUUUUAAUCAUUUGAUUUUAGCUGGGGUUUUGUUCUGGGGUUCAGCUGAACAUGUUUUGGAUUGUAAAGUCAGCUCUUAGCCCAACUGGUUGAAGGGGCUUCUCUCUGGGGUCAGCUCUUGGUAGCUUUGGGCUUUGAAAGUACCUGUUAGCCCAUUAAAAUGCUGUGUAUUCUAUUUCAUGCAAAACAAUCAUCUUUUAAUAUUGCACCGUUUCACCUCCAAAUAGCCAAUCAGAGUGCACAAAGAAAGACAUACUUUUGUCUUGUAUUAGUCGGUAGUCUUACAUGAUUUCUUUAUUGUGCUAUAUUUCCAGUGUGCAGUCACAUUCUGCCCAGUCACAAACUGUCACUAGAGGACACUCCACACCCUGAACCUGCACAAGCCUACAUUUCGACUUUGUACAAUAAACAGCCAACUUAAAAGUGUAUAAAAGCGAGUGAAGUUUACGAAUUCCCUCAUAAGGAGCAAGAGGAGAGCAUGCAAUAUAGCCAUAUUAUCUUAACCCAUGUGUAUAUGUGGUUUAGGCAUGCAGUUUAUUUUUAAAUUCUUGGCAAUAGUGCUUCAAAAUGGAGGUUAAUCACAUAGAUGACAGAGCCUUUCAUUGUUAACCAUGCAUCACCCACUCCACACACAUGUAUAAAUUGUGCAUGACAGCCAAAUUAAAUAGUAAUUUCUUCAUAGAUAUUUAAGGCUAUGUAAUAUACCGUAAAGCACUGGAGCUGGACUGGUUCAAGAAAUACUCAGUGACCCAAACUAGAAUGAGCGUCAACUCUGCAUCUCCUCAAACAACACAAUUCUACUGAAUCCUCAAAGCCUGUACACUAAACAGUUACAUUAAACAUGGUAAAAGAAAAAAUGAGAUGAAACCAGUUCCAUCUGGUUCUGCUCUGUCAUAUUUUCUCAUGGCUUUGAAAUAUGUUAUGGAGAGCAGGAUCAGACAGGCUUAGGAAGGUCCACCCAGACCCCUGGAGAGGAUCUGUAAACCUCAGAACCCCAUGCUGAGUACUGAAAGAAAAAAUAAACCACAGUCCUCAGACUCUUCCUCUUCCCCUCAACUGGUAUUGUUCAUCUGAGGGAAAGAGGCAGAAUAGUGUACAGGGAAGAUAUGUCUUUGAGAAUGUUUUAGAGUUGUGUUGGUUCAGCUGGCAGGUGAUGUGACAUGUAAGAUGGCAAAGAUUCAAUAGCAAGUAUUUAUUACUUUAGUACAAAUAUGCUUUUCAAGAGUAAUUGAUUUUGUUAUAAUAACUUGUAGUGAGAUAAUAAAAAGCUCAUCUGUGUUUCAGCCUGUAAUUGUAAUGAAAAUACUUAUUCUCUAAAAGAAAAAUUAUCUCAGACUCACUAAUAUGGCAUAAUAUGGAUAUUGUGAUUUGGAAUGGUGGAAAUUGUGUAGGUGAAUUAUUAUAAUUUUUUAUUUUUUAUUUUUUCAUUUUAUGUGCAAAAAAAUUACAGUGUAAUUAAACACUAAAAUAUUUUAUUUGGUUGCAGAAAUCUAUGACACUCUAGUUGUAGCUGUCAGGGGCGGUGCAAAUAAAGUCCUUUAUAACUGACCACAAAACGUAGGCUGUCUUUUAACCUUUCACUGAGCUGCCCAACAACAAUGCAGACAACUCCUUUGAACAUUGUGCAGUGUCUUUAAACCUGUCUAACCGUGCACAAAGAGAAAUGAAGGACGUAGAACUGAACAAGGUGGAUCUGGAAAAGCAGCAAAUGAAAGAAAAAAAUGGCUGUGUGAAGGUCACGGUCCAAGAGGACACUGGAGCUAAAUUGACCUGCCUCUCCAAAGAUGAGUUAAUGAAAAUUGCUGGUACAGCUGGAUGGAUUCGGGCUCGCUGGAUCUUGCUAGUUCUGUUCUGGCUCGGCUGGGUUGGCAUGUUAGCUGGGGCAGUAGUAAUCAUACUACAGGCCCCACGCUGUAAACCCAUCCCUGAAAUGAACUGGUGGAACAAAGGUCUUCUCUACCAGAUAUCUGAUGUGAAUGCUUUCUCUGACAAAGGACUGAAAGGGGUGGAGGAGAAGCUGGACUAUCUGAAACAGAUGAAGGUGAAGGGUCUUGUUUUGGGUCCAAUACACACUGUGCAAGCAGACCAGCUCAACACACUGAAACUAACAUCUAUUAAACCUGAAGUAGGCACUGAGAAUGAACUGGAAACACUGCUGGACCAAGCCCAUAAAAAGGGUAUCUCUGUAGUGCUGGAUUUAACACCUAACUAUGAAAGUGUUUCAGCCUGGUUCAACAAUACUGCCUCUGUUGCUGAGAAACUCAAAGAAGCAUGUGUGUACUGGUUAAAUAAAGGAUUCAAUGGCAUUUCCUUGUCUGACCUGGGAGAUAUUGCAAAAACGAGCACCUGGCCAUCUAUACAAGAUAUAAUCAACAAAACUAACGUGACUGAAAAAACAGCUCUGAUAGGCUCCGUCACUGGUCUUCCUGUGCAUGACAUCUCUGUACUGCUGAACCAUUCAGGUGUCGACCUGCUUCUGACGGGACUGCCUGAUCUGGGCAAGUCCGGUGAAACCCAAGCCCUGUCAAUACAGGAACUCUACUCCAUGCAUCCCCAGACCAGGCUGGGCUGGAGCCUGAGUGGACGGACCCUGGGCUGUCUGGCUUCUAGGACUCCAGCAGUGCCUGUAAGGCUCUUUCAGACCCUGCUGUUCACCUUGCCGGGCACGCCUGUGUUUAAUGCUGGGGAUGAGGUCGGAUUGAAGACAGGGGAAAAACUUAAAGCAAUGUGGGACUUGGAAAGCCCAGCAGAUGAGGCCAAUGCAACAGCAAAGACUCUGCAGGAGGAGCGUAUUGCAUUGCGUGAUUUCUUCAAAGCACUUAGUGAUCUAAGGGGGAAAGAGCGUGCUCUUCUGCACGGUGAAUUUGUGUUACUUUACAGUUCUCCCUCUGCAUUAGCAUUUCUCCGCCUUUGGGACCAGAGUGAACGCUUCCUCAUUGCCAUAAACUGGGGAUAUGCUGCUGUUAACAUGACACUCACUAAUAGUGACCUGCCAGCUAAGGCUCAAGUCUGUGUUACCACAAAUGCAGAAAAUCUAGCCGUGGAUAGCAUGGUGUCAUUAAAGACAUUGGAGCUUGGAGCCAAACAGGCUGUUCUGUUGUCUUAUCCCUAUGCAGGCUAGAGACACACAUAAAUGCAAAUCUUCACUAAUGUCUUGGAGCUGUUAUUUUUUGUCAGCAGUCUCAUAAAAUCCAAAAGGGAAUCUUUCAGCUUACUGUCGGCACUGCAAGCACACAUUUUAAGAAAUCGUGGAAUUCAAAGUACAAAUGUUUUCAAUUCGAAUUUCAAAUUCCAAUUUUAAGUGAAAAUGUUUCCGAUUUUCAUUUUGUUUACUGAAACUACUAUUCUCUCAUAGUAAUACAUUUAAGACCACAAAGUUUAAAUAAAUAAAAAAGGCUAUCAAAUUUGUUUUAGAAUAUACCAGAAUUGUGCUGUUUCCAUGCAGAGAGCUGUUGAUUCGAAUCUAUCUUGAAACAAAACAUCAAUUUAAAUACAAAUACAUUUGUUAUAAAUUUACUUCUGUUGUAAUUUUUUGUGAAUUUACUCAUCUUUGCAGUGUUAUACUGCAGCAAUAUAAUUGUUGUGUGUAUGUAUGGCAUACUUUUUUUUCCCAAUAUGAUUUUGUACACACAAUACAUAAUUGUUGUGUGCUUGUGUCUUGGCUGUGUGCCAUAUGUCGUUAAUUCGCAGGGCAGGAAAAGGAAGUCUCUAAACUUAACAGGUGUUUGUUUGUAUGUGUGUCAUGUACGAUAAUUUUCUGUACUAUAUAAAACUGUUUUAUUUCCUGCACAAUUUGGCAAGUAGAAAAGAAGGGGGAGAAUAGCACCUAAAACAGAAUGGGGUCAAAAUGGCAUACUAGGUCAUAUCUAAUAAUAAAUACAUUUAAUCUCUUCAGUUGAGACAUAAAUAACAUGGCAACUUACUAUAAUUUUGCUUUAUAUAGAGAAAUUAAAUAAUUCUUUACAAUCUCAGUUUUUUUACUCAGGUUGUGUACAGCUAAAUGUGCUGAAAAUUAUCAACAUCUUCAAUAUUAACACUAUAAGCAAUAAGAGAUAUUGUAUUUUACCUGAUGCCCUUGAUCUAAUUUUUAUUGUGAUCAAGAUUGUUCCCAGCAGGGUUGAUUAAUGUGAGGUCAUAGGUCAAAUCUGAAAUUCCUAUGGUGUAGUUCUCAUUUACUGACCUUCUGUCUCUGCUGAUCCCAUUUUAUCUUUUCCUCAGUAAAAAGCUGUGCUUGAUUCUUGUGUGUGAGUGAGAGAGGUCUAAUGAGAUCUUUGUCUAAUUCUCAUUGUGAAUUUUCCCUGUUAUAAGUGGUGGUGAGGCCGUUCGUUUGCAUGUCCUCCCACAGACAUCAGAAGAAAAACUGUGUGUGGUACAGAAAAGUAAAAAAAUCAGACAUUUACCUACACUCAAAUGACUAGCAUAGAAAGAAGAAUUACAGAGAUAAUACAUUUAAUAUAGUUGCUGACUGAUCACGGUUAUGAUUUAAUGAUAAACUACGAGAAUCCUGUAAAAUACCGUCUUUACAUUUUUUGUAACUCUCUACAUUUUUUUGUUAGUUAUCCAGAGCGGUAAAAAAAUAAAAAUAAAAAAAUAAAAAAUCACAUCAAUCACACAAAGUAGCGCAAUAUGAGCAUUUGACAUUUGAUAAUUGUUUAAUGAUUAUAAAGUUCAAUAGAAUGAUAAUUACUUUUAAUAUUUUUCAAAUGUAAAUCAAGUUGAGUGAGGUUGUAACUUACAAGACAAAUUUGAUCAAAAACACAAAAA